GCAUGCGCAGAUUGGGGAAGGUUCUGGAAGACGGCGGUGCUGCCGCCAUUUUGCGGGAAAAGCAGCCGCUGCGGCUGCAGUGCUACUUUUCUUGCUGAGACUCUAGGAAAUAGCCGAGCUUCGAGCUCCACAACACAUCCAAAGGAACGGAGAGAACCGGGACCCCCCUGCGGGGACCCGGAAUUGAUCUGACACGAUGGCAUCUGAUGACUUUGAUAUAGUGAUUGAGGCCAUGCUGGAAGCUCCCUAUAAAAAAGAAGAGGAAGAGCAACAAAGGAAAGAGGCUAAAAAGGACUGUCCUAUCAGUACGACAGACAGCACCAGCAGCACUGGCAACAAUGCUAUUGGUACCAGUGGGAGCAGCACCACUGGGGAAAUAAGCAAGAAGAAGAGGAGUCGGAGCCAUAGUAGAAGCAGGGAUAGAAAGCGCAGUCGUAGUCGAGACCGGGAUCGGCAUAGACGGAGAAGCAGUCGGAGCCGAAGUCGGGAUCGCCAGCGUCGUCACCGCAGCCGUAGCAGGGAUCGUCGACAUAGUAGUGAGUCACGAAGUCGGGACUGGCGUCGAGAGGAUCGUGUGCGCUAUAGGAGUCCUCUACUUGCCACUGGGCGUAGGUAUGGUCACAGUAAGAGUCCUCAUUUCAGAGAGAAGAGCCCAGUCAGGGAGCCGAUUGAUAAUCUGAGUCCUGAGGAGCGUGAUGCCCGCACAGUUUUCUGUAUGCAGUUAGCUGCCCGCAUUCGACCUCGAGACCUGGAGGAUUUCUUCUCUGCUGUUGGCAAGGUUCGUGAUGUACGUAUCAUCUCAGAUCGGAACUCACGUCGUUCUAAGGGCAUUGCCUAUGUGGAAUUCUGUGAAAUCCAGUCUGUGCCACUGGCCAUUGGGCUGACUGGACAACGGCUGCUGGGAGUGCCUAUUAUUGUACAGGCUUCACAGGCUGAGAAAAACAGACUGGCAGCUAUGGCCAAUAACCUGCAGAAAGGCAGUGGUGGACCAAUGCGCCUAUAUGUGGGCUCCCUACACUUCAAUAUCACUGAGGACAUGCUCCGGGGCAUCUUUGAGCCCUUUGGCAAAAUUGAUAAUAUUGUCCUGAUGAAGGACUCGGAUACUGGCCGCUCUAAAGGUUAUGGUUUCAUUACGUUCUCCGACUCUGAGUGUGGCCGGCGGGCCCUGGAACAGUUGAAUGGCUUUGAGCUUGCCGGUCGGCCUAUGAGGGUUGGCCAUGUUACUGAGCGACUGGAUGGUGGCACAGACAUCACUUUUCCUGAUGGGGACCAGGAGCUGGAUUUGGGAUCAGCGGGUGGCCGUUUGCAGCUCAUGGCCAAAUUGGCAGAAGGCUCUGGAAUUCAGCUGCCAACCACAGCUGCUACUGCUGCCGCUGCCCAAGCUGCUGCCUUGCAGCUGAAUGGAGCAGUUCCCUUGGGGGCCCUGAACCCAGCAGCUCUGACAGCUCUGAGUCCGGCCCUGAACCUUGCCUCCCAGGCAAUCGCCUCCCAGUGCUUCCAGCUCUCCAGCCUCUUUACCCCGCAAACUAUGUAAAUCGGUGGCACAGUACACUGUCUCCCUGUGCCUCUGGAUCCUGCCACUCCCAUCUCCACAUCUACUCCUCCACAGCCCAUUUUCUCCAUUUUGUGGACCAAGCCAUCCUAGGGGCAUGGACAUUGAAUCUGAGGGAAUUGAGGCCACCCUUAGACACCAAGAAGGGCUCCUGCCUACAGCCCCACUGAAAAUGGACUCUGCUUGAGCAAAGCCCCCAGUUGAAGAGAACAGAAUUUACACACACACCGAAUACUUGUUUCUCCAUGUGUAUCGUCUCCAAGAUUACCUUCCUGCCCUUUCCAACCACCUCUUAGUAAUUCCUCGAUUCCUCCCCCACUGGGAAGGCUACAGGGCAUUAACUGAAGAAACUAACCUCUCUUUCCUAUACCUUUUCCCUUCCAUCUGUCAAGUAAAACCUUCAGGACCUCUGAAACAAGAGGACUUUGAAGUUUGGGUGGUGAGCCUUGAAGUUGCUGGUUUUCUGCUACAAGGGCCCUGGAAGAUAGCAUGAACAUAUGCAUUGUGAAGCCAGCCUUAGACCUCAGCUUGGUACAGCUUAAGGCCAGAACUACUGUAGGCUCAGCAUCUUGCUGGAAGGUGUGGGAGUGAUCUAUUCUGCCAGGCAUUUUGGAUUCCUUCGGGGCUUUCAGGAGUUUUGUAAAAGGUGGGGUAUGUUUCAUCUUCCUUUGUAUAGGUGUCCUUCCUCCCGGGUCUUUCCUUUGGCCCAGGGUGGGAUGAUGGAGGGAGGCUGCAACUCUCUACCACUUGCUGUGUGCCUCUACUGUGGUCUCAACCUUGGUGGUUAAAGCCACUCCCAUCCCCUACCUGGGCACCUGUGAACCCUUCUCACUGGAUUUUAUACCCGUGUGUCUGUGUACAUAAAUAUACACACACACACACAUAUAUAUAUAUAUAUAAACUUUGUACAAAAGGUAAGCCUCCAUGUGGCCACUGCCCAUAUGUGUGUGGUCUCUGUUGGUGUGUCUGUCUGAUGUUAACUUCUCAUGAGCCAAAACCAUGAUGGUUCUAGGGAUAUAAAACAUUUGUAAUACCA